CAGAUAUUGAUUUCAACGGGCUGCAAUGCGAAUCUAGCCUAUGAUAUGCCGGCGGCUUUGAGCAAAGCACCUUGGGACUACACAAUUACACUUUUUCCACAACCUGUGCACUCCUUUGAUGAUAGAGAGUACUGUUGGUCGGGACAUCAUCAAAGCAUGUUCACUUUGCCGAUCUCUUAUUUCUGUGCUUGCUAUUCCUUCUGCUUUACUACUAUCCUUGGGCACAAAUUUCAUUGUCGUCAAUCACAGCAAGCGAACGCUUUGUGUUAUCACGCUGUCGCUAUUUCUUUCCAGCAUUCCCCAAACGACCUACUCGAUUUGGCCCCUUGUACAUAGCCGACGGGGCGAAUUUCUCAAUCCGUUCUACAAACACGCCGAGCAUUGGAAUAUGGCCGCUCACUCUUCCUACUUAGUACACAACGAUGAUCGAAUUGAAGACUCAGUUCCCAACGGGAUCGAACUAUCCACCUUUGACGACACAAUAGAUCAGACUCAACAUACCGUUGAUAUGCUUCCCGCUUUUCUCCUCUCUCCCCAGCUGUUUCAUCUCUGGAGCGGAUUGUUUCUGAGGUGGGAGUGGCGUCUUCCCAAUUCGGACCGAUGCUCUUUAGAUAGCUUGUGCGAUUUGGUCCGCGGCACCCAAACGUCUAUUGCGCAUCAGCGCCUUCUGAACAUGCGAAUAAGCCAGCUACGGAAGCUGCUCCGAAAACCGGUCAAUGAUGACCCGGUGCAAGUUUCUGGAUCCGAUACGGAAUCCGAAGACAAUGACUCUUCAUCCGCUGAAUCCAUAAGUUAUCUUACAACAGCUGACUCUAUUCUCCCCACAAACGCCAAGGAUGGCAACCCCAUGUGCGUCCCCAAUCUGUUGAACGGUGCCGUUUCCACUCCCAUAGGCCAGAAUGCAGCUGUCACAAUGGAUACCAAAACUAAUCCCCUUCCACUACUCUCCGCAAGACAACUGGCAAUCGAGUUGGACUCUGUUAGCGUGGAUUGGAGCCAGCUGAGCAGACGAGACGUCCCUUGCGCAAACUGCCGUACUCUAUUGGCCCUGACUGACCAUGCGGUUAGUGAAAUACUGGAGGUUUGA